GUUAAGAAUCCGUUGCGAAAUUUAUACAUACCGUAGUCAAAGGGAAACAAAAAGUAUACCGAAAAUCAACUAAAUCUUCCCCAAACAAAAUGGCUGUCAACGUUUUCGCUUCGAGUCAAACAACAGACAAUCUUAGUCGACACGAACUGAUGCAGUGGGUCAACGAUAGCCUUCAACUACAGUACCAAAAAGUCGAACAAAUGUGCACGGGGGCUGCUUAUUGUCAAUUCAUGGAUAUGCUAUUCGAAAACUGUGUCAAUCUCAAGAAAGUAAAGUUCGGAGCAAAGCAAGAACACGACUACAUCAACAAUUUCAAACAAUUGCAGCUUGCGUUUAAGAAGAGCGCUGUCGAUAAAGUUAUUCCAGUCGAUAAGCUUGUGAAGGGAAGAUUUCAGGAUAAUUUUGAGUUUUUACAGUGGUUCAAAAAGUUCUUUGACGCUAAUUAUGGUGGACAAGAAUAUGAUCCUGUAGCUGCUCGUCAUGGACAAACAGACGUAGAAGUUAACGUCAUUAAGAGAAAACCAGUUGGUGGAUCAGGGGGUAAUAUUGCUGCACAAAGUUAUCAAAGUACCACAAAGAAAACAAGUCGCACGGGGAUAUCAAAGGCAACACCAUCCGUCAAGGCUGCUCCUCUGUCCAGUGCUGGUGGUGGUGGUAACUCAUCACAGAAAGACGCUAAAAUUAGAGAACUAACAGAAGAGUUGGAUGAAAUGAAAACAACUGUGGAGGGACUAGAAAAGGAAAGAGAUUUCUAUUUUGGAAAGUUAAGAGAUAUUGAAGUGUUUUGUCAAGAAGGUUCUGACGUCUAUGGCCCUGAAAAGGAGACUAUCAAAAAAGUGUUAGCAGUAUUGUAUGCAACAGAGGAUGGUUUUGCACCUCCAGAAGGAGAACAAGAAGAACAAGAAGAAUACUAACUCAGAAAUCCCUGUCAAUAUCAUUAAUAUGCUCCAGAUUGCAGAACAACUAAUCUGAACAAACCUUAAAUGUCAUCUUAUUGGUCUCUUUYCUUUUACUGACCAACAAUACACAAACAAUGUUACUGUAAAUUACCAAUUAAGUUUAUUUCACUGAAAUUCCCAAAAUACAACUUAACAUUACCAUAUUUGCUAGAUGAGUUGAUUUCAGUUUGCCUUGUGCCGUGGCAUCUCUUACCAUGUGUAAGUAGUAAACAGUCAGUUUUGUCAAUUCAGUUAGAGUACGAUUUGCAUAAGAACUGUAUCGCAGUAACCAAAAUGUUUUGCUAAACAGUUUUGUAGCACCAGAUUACUUUUUUAUUGCCGAUUUUUGCUACUGAUAAAAACGAGGGGUAAGCUCUGUGAUGGUGAUAAUGAAUGAUGUAUCUGAUGUACCUUUUUUCUUGGAAACAUAUAAUUUCUUAACACUAAAGAGAUCAUGCUUGUACAGCCUAAGGAUAGAUCAUUAAAUCUUUGUUUAUCAAGG